AUGGAUAGAUUCACUGAUGUAUUGGCUUCAUUGGAGAAAGAGGGUUACGAUUUCUCUGUGUUCGUCAAGGAGAGAGAUAAAGACGGUAACUUUGGGACUGUGAAGUUUUCGUACGCCUAUGUUACACCGGCUGCUGAACAGAUUCUACCUUUGAGCGUAUGGGACCUUGUGGAAGAUGAAAGUAUCUUUAAAGCUGAAAAGCAGCGAACUCGUGGCCACAAACUAAUAGUUUUACCAUUAAAAAGCCGUUGUUAUGUGGAGGAAUACCUUGAUGCUGCGUUCAAUUAUCUGAGACAGGUACCAUGUAAAUCUAUCGCCAAAGUAUGGAUUAAAGUCAUCGAGCCAAGGAAGAAGACUAAAUACCCGUAUAUUAAGGGUGAGCUUACCAAACCGGACUGGUGGCCCAGAGAAGUGCAACACAGAGAACCCGAUCAUCUUCAAAAGGAGGAUAGGUUGCGGCUUAUGUCGUCUAUUAUCCUUGAAGUCCUGCCUCAAUUAAAAGACAAUAAGAUCAUGGAUGAGCUGUGCCGAACUACGCUUGCACUGUGCUUGUUCAAGAAUGAACCGCAUAAGGAGCUUGUCAUCAAGAGUAUUUUCGAGAUUUCAAGGGCAAUGUGUGACGAUACCGCAGAAACGAUCGAAGUCAUGGACUUGACGUAUCUUAGGCCUAGGUCAAAACUGACACAGCUCAAAGGCUUCAAGAAGGCUGGUAAACCCUGCAAGAUCGGUCGUGGGACCUGCGCCAACCGGCUUAUCGACUGCCCGCCCAAGGAGCUGAAGGUAAGGAGCCCCUUUGAGAGUCUUCCCACACCAACUUUAGCUGAUAUGUUGGUAACUAACGAUCCUGGUCUUCUCGACCUCCUUGAACUUUCCGUAGGUGAAGCCAACUACGAUCUGGAUCCACCAUCUGCCAACAAGCAUCGUGGAGAGAUUUUCUAA